AUGUUCAUGGUCAUGACGGCAAGCAUGCUAAACGUGGAGAAGAAAAAUGCGAGUUACCACCAAAACGUCGUAGAGCGCCCUCUCCACCGUCGACAGCCAGGAAAUGCCGCCCCUGCGGACUUGGUGGUGCUCCGUCGCCGCCGUCUUUGCGAGCGAGGCCGGUCGCCACCGCCUGCUCUCGACGACCGGCUUGAGCACCAGCAUGAUGCGGGUGAAUGUGCCGAGGACGACGAGAAAGAUGCAGGUCCCCACGUACUGGCCGGCGCCUAG